AUACGUUUUAAAUUUAACUAUAUAACUCAACCAGAGGAGACGCAAAGAUAAAUGAACAACAUUGACAUUUAUUUGACGCGAUAUAAUUGGUCGUGAUUUAGGCUUGCGGUAUCUAUACCGCAAGACGUCCACCAACCGACAUCAGUGCACAAACUUGACGCGUUUCAACUUUAGUAUGUGUUGGUGUAAGUGUCGUUAUAGACUGUAAAAACUCUUCAAAGGUAUCGACGGAGUCAAUGGAAGUAUGAACUACCUUCGGUAAUAGGCGCAUUUGGAUACCCUGCAUCAGAUCAAGAGACAAGCGAAGAAGAUAGUUGUCUACAGAUGACCACGGAUAAUGUAGAGAAAAUAAAUGAUUUAGUCGAUAGGAUUUCGUCUUUUAUAAACAAGAUUAGCACGAAGUACGAUGACAUCGAUUUGCGUUUGGUGGAAAUCGCUGUUGAUAAACAUUCAUUGGUUGAAAAUAAAAAGAGUACUACAGUACAUGUUACGAUAAGUGAUUGCUUAGAGGGUGUAAAGCGCACUGAAUACAUCGCACGAGAUUCUAAAUUUGAAGUCAAUGAUGAUAACGAUGUCAGUGAUAACAAACGAGAAACAAAUGAAUACAGAGACGCUGCUAAAGGAUUUGAUGUAGAAGAAUUCAGCGAAAGAGAUUCUAAAUUUGAAAAUACUGAUGACAAUGAUUUUAAUGAUAGCAAACAAGAAACAGAUGAAUACAGCGACGCUGCUAAAGUAUUUGGUGAAGAAGAAUACAACGCACGAGAUUCGAAAUUUGAAAUUAAUGAUGACAACAAUGUUAGUGAUAGCAGACAAGAAACAAAUGAAUACAGCGACGCUGAUAAAGGAUUUGAUGAAGAAGAAUACAGCAAAAGAGAUUCUAAAUUUGAAAAUAAUGAUGCGAACGAUUUGAAUGAUAGCAAACAAGAAACAAAUGAAUACAGCGACGCUGCUAAAGGAUUCGAUAAAGAAGAAUACAACGCACGAGAUUCUAAAUACGAAAAUAAUGAUGACAAUGAUUUUAAUGAUAGCAAACAUGAAACAAAUGAAUACAGCGAUGCUGCUAAAGGAUUUGAUGAAGAAGGAUACAACGCACGAGAUUCUAAAUUUGAAAUUGAUGAUGACAACGAUGUUAGUGAUAGCAGACAAGAAACAAAUGAACACAGCGACGCUGAUAAAGGAUUUUAUGAAGAAGGUAAUAAAAAUAAAUAUGAAUUUGAUUCUGACUCUGUUGAUACAGAAACUUAUAAUGAUAAAGACACACUAAGCGAUGAUUUUAGUUCUUCGGAAGAUUUAAAAGCCAGAAAAAAUUAUGAUGACUUAACUGAUAUUAAUGAGAGUAUUAACAACGAAAACUUCAAUAACGAUUCAAAAGAUACCGAUGAAUUCAUUAACGAAGACUCUGAUCGUUAUUCUGGAAAUUCUAAAGAGAUUUUAGAUACUAAUGAUGAUAUAUUCGAUACGUUUGAUGAUUUUGAAAUUAUUGGAGAUGAAGAUGAUGAUAAUGACCCUAAAAUAAAUAACGAUAAAACAAUAAAUAACAAUAACGACUUAAUAACUAAUGAUGAAACUAUGAACAACCAAGAUUUUGAAAGUAGUGAAGUUGAAACUGAAAAUUCAGCAAAAAAUAACACUGAAAUCAUUAAAUUCAUUAAUUUCAACGAAAUCAACAACUCAGACAACUGUUUCAAGAAGAGAAAUAACACAAACGAAGAAGUUUUGCUUCUAAACGAAGAUGAUAAAGUCUUUUUUAGGGAAAUAGAAAAGAUACGCGGUUCGAAGCCGUUCUUUUUAUAUCAGCGUUUCUUUAACAAUACUUUACAAUUUUGGUUCGUGUAA